CCGGGCGACCCGCGGCCGGCGGGGCAGGACGGCGGCGGUGUGUCGGGGCUGCUGCGGCAGCUGUCGCGGCUGGAGGACAGCCGGCAGCGGGCGGCCGAGCUCUUUCGCUGGCUGCUGGCCCCGGUGGCGCCGGCGGAGUUCUUGGGGCGGCACUGGGAGCGGGCGCCGCUGCUGGUGCGGCGGGCCGACCCCGGCUACUACGCGGGGCUCUUCUCCACGGCCGACUUCGAUGCCGCCCUGCGAGGAGGAGAGGUUCACUUCGGCACCCACCUGGAUGUGACCAGCUAUGCCGAGGGAGUGCGGGAGACGCACAACCCCUCCGGCAGAGCGCUGCCCGCCGUCGUGUGGGACUUCUACCAGAACGGCUGCUCCCUGCGCCUGCUCUGCCCGCAGGCCUUCUCCCCCACCGUCUGGCACUUCCUCUCCAUCCUGCAGGAGCAGUUCGGCAGCAUGGCAGGGGCAAACACCUACCUCACGCCCCCGGGUACGCAGGGCUUUGCCCCCCACUAUGAUGACAUCGAGGCCUUCGUGCUGCAGCUGGAGGGGAAGAAGCACUGGCGUGUCUACAGGCCCCGAACAGAUGCUGAGGUGCUGCCCCAGUUCUCCAGCGCAAACCUCACGCAGCCCGAACUCGGUGAGCCUGUGCUGGAGACUGUGCUGGAAGCCGGGGACCUGCUGUACUUCCCCCGGGGCUUUAUCCACCAGGGUGAUUGUCUCCCUGAUGCACAUUCACUCCACAUCACUGUGUCUUCCUACCAGAGGAAUUCCUGGGGGGACUUUCUGGAGAAGCUCCUCCCAGCUGCCCUGCAGAUGGCCCUAGAGGAAGAUGUGGAGUACCGACGGGGGCUUCCCAUGGACUACCUGCGGUAUAUGGGUGUUGCUAACUCAGACACAGUCGAUGCUCGACGAACAGCCUUUGUGGAGAAGGUGCAGAGCCUGAUAAAGAAACUUGUUGACUAUGCACCCAUCGACGCUGCUGUGGAUCAGAGAGCCAAGUCGUUUCUUCAUGACUGUCUUCCUCCGAUGCUUACUGAAAGUGAAAAGGCGCAGAGUGUUUAUGGCUUCCCGGCCCGGUGGCAAGAUGGAGGCCCCUGCAAUGUUGAUAUUCUGAUAACAAAAGACACCGAAGUACGCCUGCUCCGUCAUGGCAUCGUUAGACUGUGUAAUGAAGAAGCAGGUGUGAUGCUGUACUACACUACAGAAAACUCAAGAGUGUAUCAUAAGGAAGAACCCAAGUUCCUUGAGCUAGAUCCUGAGUAUACAGACAGUAUUGAAUUUCUCCUGUCUUCCUAUCCAAAUCAUGUAAGUGUAGCUAACCUUCCAUGUGAAACCUUGGAGGAAAAGAUUUCUCUAGCUACACUUCUGUUUGAGAAAGGUAUUCUGACUACGAAGAAACCUCUGGCAAAAGUCUAACUCUUAUUUUUUUCACAAAAUAAAAGCACACUUGUUUAGAAAA